UGACCUGACUGCCUUGCGCUUAAAUAGUUAAUCAGAAUGUCCAACAACGAGCUCGCCUGCACCUACGCUACCCUCAUCCUCCACGACUCCGGCAUGGAGAUCACCGGUGACAACAUCCAGUCCGUCCUCGACGCCGCUGGUGUCGCCGUCCAGCCGUUCUGGCCGAACCUGUUCGCCAAGCACGUUGCCUCGCUCAACGUCGGUGAGCUCAUUGCCGGCCUCGCCUCGGCCUCCCCCACCGCCGCCCCGGCUGCCGCCGCUGGUGACGCCCCGGCCGCUGCCGAGGCUGCCCCGGAGGCUGCCCCGGAGGAGUCGGACUCGGAGUCGGACAUGGGCUUUGGCCUCUUCGACUAA